UAAGUCAGAUGGAUCGAGUUCGCGCUCCAGUCUAGUCCUAAAGUGCAUGUGAUCCUAACUCGGAAUUUCAUAAGUGUAUUUGAAAAAGGACUAAUUCAUCUCUGGAAACUCCCCUAUUGAGAAACAUUUCGAAAACCUUGAGUGAAAAAGGAUUUUCAAUUCAAAUAUAAAGUACUACUGUAAGAAAUUUUGAGGAAAACGAACUUGACAAAAUCGUUAAUAAUACAUUUAAUAAGCCACGAAAUAAGUAGAGUAAAUAAAAUAUAAAAAUGACGGAUACGAUGUACUUGGCGAAGAAUGGCGAUAACGUGGAAAUCGGUACGAAGGAUUUACAGUUACUUCUGCAACAGAAACUCGGUGAACAAGUAAUGGUAUUAAAAUCCACGACUUCGUCAUUAUUGCCAUCGGGUGAGAAUUUUGCUUGCUCAAUUUUUGAAGUGCUUGUAGUCUUAAAGAAAAACACAAAUGCACCACAAGAACAACUAUAUUUGAUUGCCAAGAUGUUUCCCAAGGAAGAUUUCAUCAAAAAUAUAUUCGAUUUUUCAUUGUUUUUUAAAAAAGAGAUCUUCUUCUAUCAACGGUUAUUGCCUGCAUUUCAGCAACUUGAAAUUGAUUUUGGUACCAAGGCAAGCGAGAUUUUUGAUUUGGCGCCAAAAGUUUUUGGAACUAGAUAUUCGGCAAAUUCCAAUGUCAAAGUUGUCGAUGAUAGCACGCUCAUUUUAAUGGAAAAUUUAAAACGAAGUGGAUAUUACACUUUGGAUAAAAUUGAAGGCUUGGAUUUGAAUCACUCAAGAAUGGCUAUAAGGACUCUAGCGAGAUUCCACGCACUUGGCAUUGCUUGCAAACAUUAUCGUCCGGAAUUCUUCGAGACCGAGGUUCUCGCCCAUUCCAAGAUCGUCCCCUACCAAAACUUAAAGAAUGCGAAAAACAUGUUCGACGUGAUGUUCAAUAAACUGUGCGAGGACCCACGUAUAGCCGUGCAUCGCGAGGCCCUCGGUAUAGUUCUGGGCCAAAAAAUGAAGUCAAUGUACUUCGAGUACGUCGCCAAUGACCCGUGGCUAUCCCUCGUCCACUUGGACGCUUGGACUAACAAUAUACUUUAUCGUAAGGACGAGGAAGGCAACUUGCACGAUAUAAAGAUGAUAGAUUUCCAAAAUUAUACGUACAAUAGUCCAUUGAGGGAUCUCCCAUAUUUUUUGUGCACGAGCACCAGGCGCGAUGUCUUCGCUGGGAAGCUCGACGAGUUGUUGGAUUUGUAUUACGAAACUUUCAUCGAGGUCCUGAAAAAAAUGCGCUGCAACGUCGAGCCCUUUAAUAGGAGCUCUUUCGACAAGCAACUAAACAUUGAUUGCUCGAUAGAAUUUUUCCAUUCGAUUUUGGCAAUAAAGUUCUUUUAUGCCGAGAUCGACGUUAACACCUACAAUUCCAAUCAGUUAGAGUCUGUUAUUAUACAUAGCAAACUCACUCCAUCCGGUUACGACAAAUGGUACGAUAUUGUAACAACUUAUAUCAAACGAGGAUGGAUACAGGAUUUCUUAUGAUUUUCGACAUUUAAACAUGGCUAUGAAAAUAAAUAUUAAUUCAACGUUUAAACCUUAAGAAAAAAAAAAAAAU